GCCUGAGUGUAAGCGAUUGAAUGAGCAAAGAGGGGGGAAAUUCUGAGAGAGCUUUUACAGAGCUGCUGUUCCACCCUCUUUUUCUGUGUGUCUGCGCGCGUGAGACUGUGGAUCUGUCUCAGGGUUUGGAAGGAUCACACACAGAUUAAAUCCACUCUGGUUAGCAGCCGGUCUACAAGGACCACCGGCCACAAGAUCAUGGCAGUCGCGGUGCACAAUGGCAGUGCCCUUCCUCCGUCUGCUCGGACACGGAGCUCUCUUUCCAGAUACCUGUGGCUUUACGUUUCGUUCGGACUCUUCCUGGUGCCGUCGGCUCUGGCCGGGAUCUCACUGCACAGGGACCGAACCGCGGGCACCGCUCUCGAGAGACAAGCCCAGCGCGGGUUUCUGGGAGCGCGGGCCGAACCGGCCGACGGAACUCGGGUGAAGAGGUCCUCGAGCCCGGAGCAGGAGCCGGCUCUGAUUAGCACCUCCUUCAUCCUGAGAGGAGACGCUUCCCACAACCAGGCGAUGGUGCACUGGACGGGAGAGAACAGCAGCGUGAUCCUGAUUCUCACUAAGCUCUUCCAUUCAGAUAUGGGGAAGGUUCUGGAAAGUUCUUUGUGGAGAUCAUCAGAUUAUGGAACCAACUAUGUAAAACUGAACCUGCAGUCUGGCACCAACAUAAUCACCAAUUUCUACAUUUGUCCUGCAAACAAGAAAAAGGUAAUCCUUGUCAGCUCAUCAAUGAACGAUCGUGAUCAGAGUCUUUUUGUGAGCACAGAUGAGGGAGCCACCUUUCAGAAACAGCAGAUUUUCUUCUCUCUCGAGACAUUGGUUUUUCACCCGAAAGAGGAAGAUAAGUUACUUGUGUACAGUAAGGAGGGCUGGCUUUAUUUUUCCACUGAUCUUGGCAAGAAAUGGGAGUUACUGCAGGAACGAGUAACAAAGGAGCGAUUUUAUUGGUCUGUGACAGGAGUUGACAGUGACCCUGAUUUGGUUCACAUGGAAAUUCAGGACAAGAGUGGAGGCUUUCUUUAUGUCACCUGCCACCUUGUGAACUGCACUGAGAAAGCACUAAAAGCUCAUUUCUCUGGAAAUAUAGAUCAGAAUUCAUUACUCGUCAAUGAUGACUACAUUUUCAUUCAGGCAACUUCUGAAAAUCGGACCAAGUAUUAUGUCUCCUACCGGAGAGGCGAGUUUAUUCAGAUGAAGUUACCAAAGUAUGCCCUACCAAAGGACAUGCAGAUCAUCAGUACAGAUGAGAAUCAGGUAUUUGUAGCUGUUAAGGAGUGGCAUCAGACGGACACCUAUAACCUCUACUUGUCGGACCUGAAGGGUGUGUACUUUACUCUGGCUCUAGAGGAUGUCAGGAGUACCAAACAGCCAGAAGAAAAUGUUGUGAUCGAUAUUCACGAGGUACAGGGAAUUAAAGGGGUUUUCUUGGCUAAUAAAAAAUCGAAUGGUAAAGUGAAGACCUACAUCACUUACAACAAGGGCUGUGAUUGGCAGCUACUGACUCCGCCUUCCACUGACAUGAGUGGAAAACCAACUAAUUGCCAUCUGCCCGAAUGCUCUGUUCAUCUGCACCUUCGUUGGGCUGACAACCCUUACGUAUCAGGCACUGUUCACACCAAAGAUUCAGCACCAGGACUUAUAAUGGGAGCAGGAAACUUAGGAGCCCAGCUGGUUGAGUACAAGGAAGAUAUGUACAUAACCUCCGACUGUGGCAAUACAUGGAGGCAGGUGUUUGAGGAAGAACAUCAUAUUCUUUAUCUUGACCAUGGUGGUGUUAUUGUAGCUAUCAAGGAUACCUCGAUCCCUCUGAAGAUAUUAAAAUUCAGUAUAGAUGAAGGAUAUACUUGGACAACGCAUAAUUUCACAAGCACUUCCGUCUUUGUAGAUGGGCUACUUAGUGAACCAGGAGACGAAACACUGGUUAUGACGAUAUUUGGUCACAUCAGCUUCCGAUCAGACUGGGAAUUGGUAAAGGUGGACUUCAGACCAUCCUUUAACAGACAAUGUUCACCUGAUGAUUAUGACUCAUGGGAUCUCAUGAAUCAGGAUAAGGAUUGCAUCAUGGGAGAGCAGAGACAAUUCCGUAAACGAAAAAGAUCCUCAUGGUGCAUUAAAGGAAAGAACUUCACGUCAGCCCUUACAUCAAAACUUUGCCAAUGCACAGAGUUUGAUUUUGAAUGUGACUACGGUUUUGAACAACAAGCUAAUGGCAGAUGUGUCCCAGCAUUUUGGUACAAUCCAGACUCGCCUUCUGAAGACUGUAAAUUUGGACAUACAUACACCAAAAGCUCUGGGUACAGGAAGGUGGCACUGAAUGUCUGUAAGGGUGGCAUAGACAAGCGACAGAGCUCAUUGCAGCGCCGAUGCCCAAUAAUGGCUCCUAAAGGGCUCCGUAUAGUGACAAAAGGAGAAAGACUAGCAGUCAAUCCUGGUGAUGAUGUUACAUUCUUGAUAAUGCAGAAUCAGGGUGAUACUUUAAACACAAAAUAUCAAGUGGAUCUUGGGGAUGGUUUCAAGGCAAUGUAUGUCAACCUCACACUGAUGGAUGAACCAAUUCAACAUAGAUAUGAGAAACCAGGAAUCUACCGUGUCUCUGUGAAAGCAGAAAACACUGCAGGGUCUGAUGAGGCCAUGGUUUACAUUCAAGUGAAUUCACCUCUCCAAGUUGUGCAUCUGGAGGCACUGCCAGUCAUUCGCAGGAACCAGCGAGUGAAUCUGACAGCAAUAGUGCGGCCCAGCAACACCAACCACACAGUCUUCCAGUGGUGGCUGGGGGACAGCCUUGAGCCUCGUCUUACCCUAGAAAACAGUCUGAUAACCAGCUUCAGUGAGAAUGGUCAUAUUAAAGUCACAGUCCAAGCUUCACGUGGUAGUUCCAUGGUUCAAGACUCUAAGGUGGUGAGGAUAUUUGAUCAGUUGGAAGUGCUACCUCUUGAAUUUUCUCAGAACAUCGACAGUUACAAUCCUAAUGUACCAGAAUGGAGGGAAGAUAUCGGACAGGUUAUAUCAAGGAUUUUAGCAGAGAAGACAGGCAUGCCUGAGGAAUUACUUAUAACAGUGGUGAGAGUGGGUCUGCCCACCACAGCAGAACUGUAUCUGCUUCCCCCAUCAGAGAAACCAAAGAGGAAAAGAAGGACAAUUGCUGACAAGGGUAUUGAAUCCUUAAUAGAAGCUCUGACAGAGAAUCAGGUAAAAAUUUCUCUGAAACCAGGGGUGGAAGUGACUGUUACACUGGCCGAUUAUAGAGCAGUUUCCCAGAAAACCAUUGGAGGGAAAGGCGUGCUGAUUGUCGUUAUUAUGUUUGUGAUCUGUCUGCUCAUCAUUGGAGUUUUCAUUUUACACAAGUUCAAGAGGAAGAUACCUGGGCGGAAUGUGUAUGCACAGAUGCAUAAUGAGAAGGAACAGGAAAUGACCAGCCCUGUUAAUCACAGUGAAGACACACAGCACAUCAUACAAGGCGAAGAGUAUAUUGAUGAUGAUUUGGACUCCCAGACGCUAGGUAACGGAAGAGGUGGUCACUCAUCUGUGGUUCUCAGCAUAAACUCCCGGGAAACGCACAAUUAUUUGAGUAGCUGAUGUUUGCUCUGGAUGAAGUGUUAAGACUCACCACCAUUUUUUUUUGUUGUUCCUGGGGCUGGGAGGAGAUGAAGCAGUGAAGUGAACUGCAUUGUGGUGAUGGGACUGUGGGUAAUCUCACCUUCAGUAGUUACUAAAUCUUCAAUCAAGCAUCAGAACAUUUCGAAGCACCCUUACAGAGAGAGUGGCGUCAUGGAAUGGAACCCUGAAAAUGAUCACUGCCAUUCCAAGCUCUGCAUCUUUCUAUGAAUGAGCACUGAUGGGCUGGGAAACAAAUUGUCUCAAUGUGCUGUUACGUGAAUUCCUCUCUAUUUCCCUUUUUGCAAGCUGUUUGAAAAAAAGAUGCGUACCUUGCAGGUUUGUCACUUCCCAAUUGGAUGUAUCUUUUGUUUCUAUUCCACUGAAUUAAUUUUUUCACAUUUGAAAUACGUUCUAUCCUAAUGUGAUCUUAAAAGGGUAAAUAAGUUGUCAAUUCUUCCUUUGGAUGUCAAAUGAUCUUGUUUGUUCAAUUAUAGAGGUAUAACCUUUUGUCUUCACCACAUUGAACCUGUAGAAUGUGCCAUUCGAGGAUUUGAAAUGCCAGCAGUUCUGUAAUUGGGAGGGAGUGAUUCAUUCCACCAGCUGAUCUAUCCCCAUUAUAUCAACAACAAACAUUCACCAUGGUUUUCCAGCCCAUUCUCAUGGCAUUCCUAUCCUGUUAUAAGUUAACAUGAAUCUUCAUUCUAAUUGUCCAAAUAACUUCCUUUUCUUGAGCUGUUCCUUCCUUACAAUAUGAUGAGACAUUUGGAUGUUCCCAUGUGCUGUGUCACAUAGUAGGUGAGGUAACUAUUUGAUUUAAUCACCCAUUUUAGUUGACUAUCCAAUUGGAAAGAGUAAUGGCUAUAAAUGAAUUGGCUGUAAUAGUCCCUCAUCCGUAACCCUCGGACAGUAGUCUUCUGCAAACUCUGCUUAAAGUAGAGCUAUCAAACAGCAUUUAAUCAGCAAUAAUCUGUUAGGGUCUCCAGCGGUAUUUAGUUACCAACCUGAGUGCAGUUUUGGUUCAAAUGGAGGUCAGGUGAAUAUCACUGCCGGUGAUUUCAAAGUAACAUUUGACCAAGUGAGACCCCGAUGACCCCCAUUAAAUUUGAAUUGGAUGGAAAUUCCCCACUAUUUGGUGUCAUACCUAGCAGAUAGGAAGAUGGCUGUGGUUGUUAGAUAGCAGUCAUUUUAGUUCCAGGACAUCUCUGCAGCAGCUCCUCAGAGUAAUGUCCCAGGCCCAAACAUCUUCAGCUGCUUCAUCACUGCUGUUCCCUCCAUCAUAAGGUCAGAAGUGGGGAUAUUCAUUGAUGAAUGCUCAAUCAGCAAAACUCUUCAAAUACUGAGAUAGACAGGGCCUGCUUGCAGCAAGACCUGGACAACUUUCAGGCUUGAGUUAAUGGGUGGCAAGAAGGAUUUGUACCACACAGGUGCUAAGCAUUUACCAUCUCCACUAAGAGAUAAACAAAACAUCUCUUGCUGUUCAACAACAUUAGUGUCACUGAUUCCCCACUAUCAACAUCCUGGGGAUUACCAGACCUGGGCCAGCUGUAUAAGAACUGUAGUCGGAAGACCAGGUCAGAGGCUAGAAAUUCUGCAGCAACUAACACAUCUCCCCAAAGCCUGUCCAACAUUCAUGAGGCAUGAGUCAGGAAUGCGAUGGAAUACUCCCCACUUGCCUCAGAGCCACAACAAGAUUCAACAAGGCUGACACCACCCAGGAAAAACAAUCUAUCUGAUGGUCAUCCCAUUGCCCAACUGCAACACUGACUUCCUUCACCUUCAGUACACAGUGGCAGCAGAGUGUGCCAUCUACAAGAUACAUUGCAGCUAUUUCUAAGGCUCUUUUGACAGCACCACAACCAUUACUAUCUACAAGCACACCACCACCUAAAGAUUUCCUGCAAUCCACACACCAUCUGGACUUGGAACUGUAUUGGUAUUAUUUCACUGUCCCUAGGUCAGAAAAACUAGAACAAUCUUGCCUAACAGCAGUGUGUGUGUACCCACACUAUGCACAUCAGGCAGCUCACUAACGUCUUCACUAAGAUGGCUAGGGAUGGACAACUAAUGGACAACCAUUGGUUAGCACACUUCAAAUGAAUGAAGAAAAAGAAAGCAACAACUUAUUACUUUAAUUUGGAGUCACUUGUUAAGUGAAAGUUUUUUUCCUUGUGCUUUAUCUCCAAAUGAAAUAAACAAGUUCAUUUACACCAGACAAUAGUCCUCAGCUGGAGUGUUAUGUUGAAUUCUAGGCACCACAGAGAAGAAAGUUAAGGCCCUGGAAUGAGAGCAGAGGAGAUUUACCAUAUUGGUACCAAGGAUGAGCAACUUCAGUUAAGUGAAGAGAUUGCAAAAACUAUGAUUCUUCAGCUUAGAGCAGAGAGGGUUGUGAGAAUGUUUAAUAAAGGAAUAGUACCACAGAGUAGCAAAACAGUCAGCUGUACAUGAUUUCAGUUUCCAAAUGACUCAACUAUUGAUAAUUGCAUCCUUUCAAGAUCUUAGUGGUGUCAUUUGUUUUCAGUCUAUCCUGGUUAUUUACAGCCGAGUAAAAGAAAGGCAAGUUCACAAAUGCUUGAAAAUAAAACAGUGUGUCUGAAAGAAGAGGAAUUAAUAUUUUGGAUGGAAGCAUUGUUUGAGAGGUGAUCUGGUUGAAGUACAUUAAAUAGUGUAAAUGCAGAGAAGUUUCUUCUAAUGGAGGUCAUCCAGGACAAUCUUUAACUCAGAGUUAGACUAUUUUGAAGCAAACUUCAGGCAGAUUCCUUCAAUGGUAUUGGGAAUCUGGAAUUCUCUCUCCUGUGAAACACUUAGAAUUUUGAGGAUUGAGUUUUGUUAGGUUUGAUACCAAGUGAUUUAGAAUAACGGCUAGGCGCUAGAUUCAGAUGAAGAUCAACCAUUAUCUAAUUUAAUGAUGAAGAAGGCACAAGAGGCUCAAAGGCGUGCUUCUGUCCCUAUUUUUCUUCGACUGAUACUGGGAAACAUUUGUGACUCAGAUUCUGGAGGUUCCUCUGUAAUUAGUUGUAUUGCUAUUUUGUACCAUUAUUGAAUGUACAAACAAAAAGCAAUGGACUGACAGUGACUGUAACUAAGAACAAUAACAUUCAAUGUCUAAUAUCAUUAAUGGUUGAAGGGGUCGUAAGGAAGAAUAGCACUUAAGAAAAGCUGAGGAUAUCUGCAAGUACACUUUAAAUUUGUCACGUGUUACCUUGAAGCAUGUUUCAUUUAUUCAGAAUUUGCUACUACUACCACCAUAAUAAUGUGUAUGUAGGUUAUGGUCCACUAGUGUUGGCAGUCUUGUUUAUUUGGGACGACGUUGCUGGCAGCAUAAGGUGGAUGAAUGUUUCCGCUCUUUUGUUCCACGGUACAGUGGCUGUAGGUGCCUCGUGUGUUGUUUCUAUGCCCUCUUUGCUGACUCAAGACAAGAUAACUGAAGCAACUGAAAAUUAUUGUUUGUUUUAUAAUGUUCUGUAACAUUUAGAAUUCUAUGAAUAUUAUGUCAUGUGGUGUAAAUCCCUAAAGCUUUCAUAUAAGUGCAAUGUCACUGAUGACUUUGCUCAUGCUCCCUGUGCCCCACCAUCCCUCCACCCCUCACCCCUUCUCUCUCUCUCUCUCUCUCUCUCUCUCUCUCUCAGAACAGGUUGAUAUGAGACUGCUACUCUAUCAUGGCCACACUGCAGCAUUUCAUAUAUUUUUUCAUUUAGUGCUGUUUGUCAUGGCCAUUUAAACUAUCUUUGCUGCAUAAAUCAUCCACUUAGCUCCUGUCCUUAUUACAGCCUUGGUUCAAACAUGGAGAAAAGAGCUGAAUUCCAGCGGUGAGGUGAGAGUGACAGCCCUGAUGUCAAGGCCACAUUUGUCUGAAUGUGGCAUCAAGGAGCCCUAGAAAAACUUGAGUCAGUGGUAAUCAGGAGAGAAACUCUCUGCCAGUUGGAGUUAGGCCUGACGCAUAGCAAGAUGGUUGUAGACGAUGGAGGUCAGUCAUCUCUUCAGUUGCUUUAUCACUGAUCUUCCUCCAUUAUGACGUCAGAAGUGGGGAUGUUUGCGAAUGAUUGCACAAUGUUCAGUAACAUUCGCAACUCCUCCAAUACUAAAGCAGUCAGUGUAACAAAAUUUAGACAAUAUCCAGGCUUGGGCUGAAAAGAGGCAAGUAACAUUUGCGCCAGACAAGGGCAGUGCGAUAGCCAUCUUCAAUAAGAGAAAAUCUAGCCAUCACCGUUUGACAUUCAAUGGUCACCAUUACUGAAUCCCCCACUAUCAACAUCCUGGAAGAAAUGUAACUGUGCUAGUCGCACAAAUACUGUGGCUGCAAGUCCAAAAUCAUGCUGCAUGUAACUCACCUUCUGACUCCCUGAAACCAGUUAAUCAUUUACAUCUGGCACAAGCCAGAAACCUAAUAGAAUAAUCCCCAUUUAUCUGGAUGUGUGAAUCUCCUACAACUCUUGAGAUGCUUAACACUAGUCUGCAGUCAGCCAGCACCAUCACCAAGCAGCCCGUUUGAUUGGCACCAUACCCACAAGCAUCCACUCCCUCCACCAUUGAUGCUCAGUGGCAGAACUGUAUACUAUGUACAUUGCAGAUGUUCACCCAGCUUUGUUAAACGGCACUUUCCAAACCCACCACCACUUCCAUCUUUGAAGGACUAGGGCAGCAGGUACAUGGGAACACUACCAGCGGAGUUCCCCUCCAAGCUACUCACCAUUGUGACUUGGAAAUGCAUCACCAUUCGCUCAUUGUCUCUGGAUAAAAACCCUGAAACACCCUGCCUAAAAGCAUUGUGGGUCCCCCUACAGCAAAUGGACUGUACCUCUUUAAGAAGGUAGCACCCCAUCACCAUCUCAAAGACAAUUAGUAAUGGGCAAUAAAUGCCCAGCCAGAGAUGCCCACAUCCCACAAGUGAAUUAAAGAAAAUCACAGCACUGUCAUAAUGAAUGACAUGUUGAUCAGGUGAAAAAAGUGUCACUUCAUCUGAAAGAUGCUUGUGUAGGACAUUAAAUCUUGGCAAUACAAUAUUGGGAUGAAUGUCCUGUUUUGUGCUAUGUAUACAGCCAUAUAAUGGAGGCUGAACAGACAUUAGAGCAGAGUUGGGGUUUAACUGGUAACCCAUUAUUUACAAGGUUGUGCCUGAGAGUGAAUGGACUCGGGACAUGUUUAAGAUAUAGCUGAUGAGACUAAACAAGUUAUUGUUCCAUGAAUAAUAUUUCUUGUGGGCAUGUUGGAAGACAAAGCUUUAUUUUAUCAAUUAAGGUACUGAGUUACAAGCCAAGUUUGAUUUUGCUUUAGCUGAAUAUAUUAUUCACCAUCUUAAUCUUUCCUGUGUCCAUAAAUGGGCUUUUCUGUCUGUCAUUCCUUUUGACUAGACAGAUCAGUAUUCUUCAUGAUGACCAUUCAUGUGGCUAGCUGACAAGACACUAGUUGGCUUGCUUACUUCUACCGGGCUCUUCAUCUAGCAGCCAUUCUCAUCAGUGCCCUCUGCCAUUGACACCAUGUCGAUUUUGACCUUCAGUGAUAAGAGGUAGCGCAGUACUAGACACAACUGAAAUAUUAUUUAAAAAGGGUUGGGGCUGAAUAUCCUCACAGUGUCUUGUCAUUGGUCACUCACAUAAAUUCUUGGCAGGAGAAAUUGGGAGGCCAUAUCCCACACCUCUUCCUGUUCUCUUUAUCCAGCCCAUGCUGUAGUGGGAACUUGACUUCUUGUCGGGGGUUUCCUGAACCCUGUUAGUAUGGAGUUCUUAUGUAAAGAGGGAGACGAAAAAGCCAAGCUUCAGUCUCUUCUGCAGGAUUAUACUCUGUAUCAACCUAUUGGUCUGGCAUCAUGAGCAAUGGCACCGAGGAGGUGUAUAUUCAGGACUGCCAGUGACCUCGGAGGAGCAGUCAUGAUAUCAUGGUAUUUGUGCCAAUUUACUAGGUAGGAAAAUGGGCAGAUCAACAAAACGUAAUCUGUAAAGUGUACUAAUUGCAAUUUUCUUAAUUAAGUUUUUUUCUAAAAGAGAACAUUUUAUGCAGGAAUCCACUGAUGUCAUAAUGAGAAUUAUCUGCAUUUUUGUAACAACAAGCCCCAGAUUGUGAGAUGUUAGACAGUUAUUUCACAUUACCUUCAGUCUGUCUAGUUGUAAGCCAGUGUCCUUACAUGAAACAUCUACGCUGCCUCAGAUGGUGUCUGAAAGGUUCAGUGUCCAGUUUGUUUUAAACCACCUGUGCUCACAGCUGCACUCUAAUUUACCUAAUACCCAAUGCAUUCAAUAAUUCACUUUCAAACUGGCAAUUAUAGCUCUUUGUACGGUAUUUGUUGGACAGUGCUUUUAAUGAAAUAUUUGAGUUUGAUGAAAAAAGAUUAAAAGCACUUUAAUUGCUGAACACACACUCAUUCACACUGGAAAGUUUGUAUAAACAUGGCAAGUUACCUUGGGAUUUCAAACAGGAAAAAUGCUGUUUGUUUUCAUUAAAUGAGAGCCCUACCCCUCUCUUGGUGCAGGGAGACAUUUGGUCAAUAAAACCUGUUUGUAAGAUGCACUCUGCAGUUGAAUUGGUGACACUGCACACAACACAGAUAUACCCACAUGAAUUGUAUGAUUGGUAAACUGUGUCUGUUCUUUGUAUGUUGUUUUUGUAUAUACUUUCCCAGGUCACAAUUUUUUUAGUAGUUAUAGUAAUGUUUGUAGACUGCUAGACUUGCUAGACAUACUUGUUGCAACAAAAUGAACUCUGUAUAUUUAUUUGUUUGGAGAUGCUACUUAUAAUUGUUAACAUAAAUCCACAAUCUCAUUGAAAGUGUAAUCAAUGAACUAUGUCUAAUUUCAGUGCACAGAGAACAAGUGCUCAUAAAUGCCUGAAUGCGAUACUUAUUUUGUUUAACGGGAUCUUUUCAAUCUUAAUAUUUUGAUUAAUGCACUGUGUAUAAUUAAUUUUUACAAGCUGUUGGGCGAAGUAACGUGCUGUGUAUUCGAUCGCAUUCAAAGGUCUGCCUUUAUGUGAAUGUGAAUGCACUGAAACUUUGUUUAAUAAAUACCUGGAUCUAAA